AUGUCGACUGAAGACUACGACGAGUUCGGCAACUACAUCGGCGGUGACCUCGACUCUGACGACGAUUCGGAUGUCGACAUCGCCCCCGCAGCCGUCCCAUCAGCGCCAGGACCUGCUGGGCCUAGUGGGAGUUAUGCGCCGCUCGAGGGGUUUGACGAUGAGGAAAAUGAUGAGCCGAUGGACGAGGACGAGGAUACCGGCAUGCAGAUGACGCUGCAUGGCGUCGACGGAACCGCAGGGAACCAGGUUGUGUUGCACGAGGACAAGAAGUACUAUGCGACCGCAGAGGAGACGUACGGCCCCGACGUCGAAGCCAUGGUCCAGGAGGAGGACACCCAGCUCCUCACAGAGCCCAUCGUUCAGCCCAUCAAGGUCCGCAACUUUACCGUGCAGGAGAAGGACUUGCCGGUGACGCGGUUUGACAGGAACUUUAUGGUCGACAUGCUCCAGCACCCCGACAUGUCGCGCAACGUCAUGGUCGCCGGCCACAUCCACCACGGCAAGACGUCACUCCUCGAUAUGCUCGUAUUCGAGACGCAUCAGCUCACCUGGGACGCCGACCGACCAACGCGUUACACCGACACGCACGUCCUCGAGCGUGCUCGUGAGAUGUCGAUGAAGUGCGGGCCUAUGACCCUCGUUCUUCCCGACUCGCGCGGCAAGUCGAGCCUCAUCAACCUCCUCGACACGCCCGGCCACCUCAACUUCAUGGACGAGGUCGCGUGUGCCGCGCGCCUGACGGAUGGUGUUGUCCUUGUGGUGGACGUGAUCGAGGGCGUCAUGGCCGGUACCGAGACCGUGAUCCGGCACGCCAUGCAGGAGGGGUUGCCGCUCGUGCUUGUUGUCAACAAGAUGGAUCGCCUCAUCGUCGAGCUGCGCCUGCCUCCUUCCGAGGCCUUCUUCAAGGUCAAGCAUACGAUCGAGGAGGUCAACUCGUUCAUUGCCUCAAUCGAUCCUGACGAGAAGCACCGUCUGUCGCCGGAGCGUGGCAACGUCGCCUUUGCAUCGACCCAGAUGGGCUGGUGCUUCACCCUCAACACCUUUGCUCAGAUGUAUGCCGACACCUACGGUGCGCUAGACGUCGACGCCUUUGCCAAGCGCCUGUGGGGCAACAUCUACUUUGACGCUGAGAGGCGCAAGUUUGUGCGCAACCCCGCCGACCCCGAAUCCAAGCGCUCGUUCGUCCACUUUAUUCUCGAGCCGCUCUACAAGCUGUACACGACUGUGCUGAGCGAGGACACAGAUACGCUCAAGGAGACACUCACGGACCUGCGCAUUACUCUCAAGCCAGCCAUGUUCAAGAUGGACGUCCGGCCGCUGCUCAAGGUCGUCACUGACGCGUUCUUUGGACCGUCGACGGGCCUUGUGGACAUGAUGACCAAGUUCCUCCCCUCACCUGUCGACGGCGCGGCCUCAAAGGUCGAGCGUUCGUUCACUGGGCCCUUGAAUACACCUCUCGGACAGGCGUUGUUGUCGUGCGACGCCAACGGCCCAACAGUCGUCCAGGUGACAAAGCUGUUCAUGACGACGGACGCGCAAGAGUUCCGUGCCUUUGGCCGUGUCAUGAGCGGCAAGGUAUCGCGGGGGCAACCGGUGUACGUUCUCGGCGAGGGGUAUUCUCUCGACGACGAAGAGGACAUGGUGUCGGCCAUUGUCGAGGGCGUGAUGAUCGAUGAGUCGAGGUACAACGUCGACAUCGAGACGGCGUAUGCGGGUAACCUCGUCCUGCUCUCUGGUGUUGAUGCAUCGAUCAACAAGACAGCAACCAUCUACGAGCGCGGAAUCGACGACGACAUGUACAUCUUCAAGCCGAUCCGGCACUUUGCGCAGCCCGUGCUCAAGGUCGCUGUCGAGCCUGUCGCCCCCUCCGAGCUGCCCAAGAUGCUGGAUGGCCUGCGUAAGGUCAACAAGUCGUACCCAUUGGUGCAGACCAAGGUCGAGGAGUCGGGCGAGCACAUCAUUCUGGGCACGGGCGAGAUCUACGUCGACAGCGUGUUGCACGACCUGCGCAAGCUCUUCUCCGAGAUUGAGAUCAAGGUGUCGGACCCGGUGACCAAGUUCUGCGAGACCGUGGUCGAGACGUCGGCGCUCAAGUGCUACGCCGAGACGCCAAACAAGAAGAACAAGCUCACCAUGAUCUCGGAACCGCUCGAGAGUGGUAUUGCCAAGGACAUUGAGAGUGGCAAGGUGACCAUGCGAAUGACGAACAAGGAGCGCGGCAAGUUCUUUGAACAGAACUACGGUUGGGACCUGCUCGCGUCGCGUAACAUUUGGGCCUUCGGACCAGAGGACAACGGGCCAAACGUGCUGGUCAACGACACUCUGCCGAGCGAGGUGGACACCAAGCUCUUGACCAACGUACGUGAGAGCAUCAAGCAGGGUUUCCAGUGGGCGACGCGUGAGGGGCCAUUGUGCGACGAGCCGAUCCGUGGGGUCAAGUUCCGUCUGCUGGACGCGACGGUGUCCCCCGAGCCAAUAUACCGCGGCGGCGGCCAGAUCAUUCCUACUGCCCGUCGCGUGUGUUACUCGUCGAUGCUGCUGGCCUCGCCCCGUCUGCUCGAGCCAGUGUACUACGUCGAGGUGCAGGCCCCCGCAGACUGCGUCGCGGCGGUGUACACUGUGCUCUCGCGGCGCCGCGGACACGUCACCAAGGACAUUCCCAAGCCAGGCUCACCGCUUUACACUGUCAAGGCGUACAUUCCUGUGCUCGACGCCAACGGAUUCGAGACGGACCUGCGCACGGCGACCAUGGGCCAGGCGUUCCCGCAGAUGACGUUUGAUCACUGGCAGGUUGUGCCAGGCGACCCAACGGACAAGACGAUCCAGCUUCGCCCUCUCGAGCCUGCGCAAGGACAGGACCUUGCGCGCGAUCUCGUCCUCAAGACCCGUCGGCGCAAGGGGCUCAGUGACAGCAUUGCUGUCGCCAAGUACCUGGACGACGACCUGCUCGUGGCCAUCAGUGCGAGCAACCCAGACUUGCUGGGGUAG